AUGCCGAGCAGCACCAAGCCGAAUGCCCAGCCUGCUGCUCAAGUGCCGGUGCGCCUUGUGGGGCGGCGGCUACGGUUGGCUGCAUGGGACUGGAUACCUCAUCUUUUCAGAGGCGGCGGCGCCGGCAGUGAUGGCAACGGUGGCGGCGGCGAUGACGGCGGCGGGGGCGCCGCCGGCGGUGCUGGCAGCGGCAGCGGCAGCGGCAGCGGCAGCGGCAGCGGCAGCGGCGGUGGCGGCGGCUACGGCGGUGGCGGCGGCCAUAGGGGUGUCGGCAACGAUGGCCGCAGUAGCAGCAACAUGGGGGCCAGCAGCGUCGGCAGCGAUGUCCAGAUGGGCAUGCAAGGUGGUGGUGGCAGUGUGAGCGGCAGUGUUGGCGGCUCCAAAGGCAGUAUUGGUGGCGCUGCUCUACACCGCGCAUUGACCGUUAUAGGCCGUGAUGAACGCGAGGUCUGCCCAGUCAACGUCUACCCUUUCAACGCGCUGGGCCAGCUUGAUGCGAUGGCGGACGACGGCACGUUCAUCAAGCCGAUGGGGCGCGUAGAUUGGGAGCACGUCACCACGUUCAAGGCCUACAUUGACGACCCUGACCUGCCGCCUGGCCUACAGUACGAUGUCGCGCUCAUCAAGCUGGUCAAGCCAAUUGGAGUCAAGUACGGCUGGCUUGGCAUCCGCGCGCAGCCGCCUCGCUGCACAAACGAGGAAGUGCGGAUGACGCUUGCGGGCUACCCAGGCGAUGAUCCCAUCUCGACCAGCGACGAUGGAAACUUUGGCGGUUGCUUUCAAACUCAUUGCCGCGUGAACUUCAAAUGCAGCGACCCCAUGGCCAACCACUCAUGCGACAGCUACAUCGGCCAAAGCGGGGCUCCAAUGUACGACGACAACUUUUAUGUGCGCAUGGUGCACACCUUAGGCGUGCUACAGGGCAUCACAACCGAGAACAGUGGUCCUAAGAUUUCCAAGUACAUCCUGGACCAACUGAUGAUUGAAUGGGUGCGCCCCGGCCUUACCAGCCCAGCCGACAUCACGCCGUCUACGGGCC